AUGGGCUAUCCAAGUUUCACCGUCGAGGUCGUCCUCUACUAUGUCACCCUUGCGCUCUUCUUUGCCAUCGGCUGCUACGCCGGCUUCCGCGCCCGCAACCAAACCAAGGACUCUUUCCUGAGUGCCCGCGGCACCCAGGGCUGGUUCUCGCUCGGCGCCAACUUUUUCGCCUCGGGUCUGGGUGUCUGGACCAUCUUUACUCUUCCCCAGGUCGGCUCCGACCCCCAGCUCGGUGUCGUCGGCGCUGUCGGCUAUGCCAUUGCCUGCAUUGCGCCCAUCCUUCUGCUGGCCUGGAUGGGUCCCGCUGUCCGCCGCUGGGCCCCCAACGGCGUGACCGUCACCGAUUUUGUGCUCAUGCGCUUCGGCUGGUCGGGCCUCUUCCUGACCGUCCUGAUCUCGAUCGUGUACAUGACUGUCUAUCUGUCCUCGGAGCUGACUGCUCUCGGUGGUUUCCUGAGCUUCUGCGGCUUCAGCACCACCCAGCAGAUCAUUGCCCAGGUCAUUGUCUGCAUUUGCACGGCCACCUACACCGCCGUCGGUGGCAUGCCUGCCAGUCUGAUCACCGACAAGUUCCAGUCCUUCACUGUCCUGGCGCUCUUUGUGAUUGCCUCGAUCGGCUUUGGCCUCAACGUCACCAUCCCCGCCAGUGCCCCUCAGCAGUCGAACCUGUACCCCACCCGCGUCGGCUGGGAGUCGAUCGUCACCCUCACUUGCGCCGUGACCUUUGCCAACAUCUUCCACCAGGGCUACUGGCAGCGCGUCUAUUCCUCAAAGGACGACCGCGAGCUCCGCAACUCGACCUACUUUGCCUCGGCUCUCACCUUCCCAAUGUUCCUGCUGAUCGGUCUUGCCGGCACCCUCUCGGUGUGGGCCGGCCUGACGCAGCAGAUGGAUGGCGGCGACUACAAUGCGCUCUUCAAUGUCACGGCCACCCUCCCCGACUGGGUCAAUGGAUUUGUGGUCAUCCUCGUUUCGGCCCUGAUCUGCUCCUCGGUCGACACCCUCCAGAGCGCGCUCACUGCCUCGAUCGUCAACGACCUGUCCCAGCGCAAGCUCAACCUCAAGUGGGCUCGUCUGAUUGCUGCCCUCAUCAACGUCCCUGCGCUCUUGAUUGCCGCCAUGAACGCACCUAUCCUCAGCCUGUUCCUGAUGGCCGACCUGUUUGCCGGCAUGAUUGCUGCCCCGAUCCUGAUCGGCUUCAUCCCGUCGCUGCGCCACGUCGUCAACGGCUUUGACUUUUUGCUCGGCUUUGUGGGCUCGAUUCUGUCGGUCUUCUUCUUUGGCUGGAUCUGGGAGGGCAACGCGAUGGCGGGUCUCCUCUUGCUGAUGCCCCCGCUGUCGGUCCCCGGCGAGUCGAUCGGCGCCUUCCUGAUUGCGCCCAUCGCCGGCAUCUUCUUCUCGGUGCUGUCGGCCUACAUCCGCCGAGGCAUUCGCCGCCUCCGCGGACUCGAGGUCAACGUUGAGCUGACUGGCCGCCCCACUAUCUGGUACGGCUACAACGCCGAGGACAAGCCCAAGCCUGACGAAGACGCCCUCAAGGCCACGGUGACCCCCAGCGUCUGA